AGAAAAAAAUACGUUUCCGUAUAAAACGCGAUUCUCUGAUGAGGAAAAAUUUAUGACCCGCAAUAUCCGUUAUUCAUUAGUCUGAGUUUGACUUCAAUUUAAGGCCUACCAACCAUACCACUCUUGUUCACCAUUGAUUCACGAUUGAACCUUCCUCCCAUUCACGGCGAAGGACCACUGAGUGACUCAAUCGAAGGAAAUUUCCUUGGACCAGUGUAUUCUCCGAUUGCUGUCCCAAGGAAAUUUGCCACCAUCGAUUCGAUUCUUUCAGAAAUCAAGAACAUGUAUUAAGCAGAUGGAGGUUUGGAGCCAACUUCUGUAAAAGGUGUGGAGGAGGAAAGUUACCAACCCCAACAACCCCAAUUGAAUGUGUAUUGCAUGAUGGAGUUUCAAUCGCCACCACCACCACCACCAUCAAAGACGGAGGCUCUGGAUUUUCCCCUUCAUGCAAUUGGCUUUGAGAUUCAAGACUUGUCGCCAGACAAGGUUACUGGCCGCCUUCAAGUCACCCACAAGUCUUGUCAGCCAUUCAAGGUGUUACAUGGAGGGGUGUCGGCGCUCAUAGCAGAGUCAAUGGCAAGCAUUGGAGCACACAUGGCAUCGGGGCUGCAAUGGGUGGCUGGUAUUCACCUCAGCAUUAACCAUCUGAAACGAGCUGAGCUUGGGGACCUUGUCUACGCUGAAGCCACCCCCAUCAAUGUUGGCAAAACCAUUCAG